CAACACACUCUACUGCUUUCAGUCCCCAGAGAAGAUGUAUUACACAUGCAGAUUUCCUGGCUGACCGACCUCACUUUGUUGGCUUUCAGCUAAAAGCUUUUUGCUGCAGCAGACUGACCGAGACAAAAGAGCAGUGGAGAAGGGGAAGGGUUUAGCUAGAAUAGGAGGGCCUUAGCGGGCUGUUGCCAGGGUAACUUGACAUCAUGCUGACGAACUUCCCUCUUUAAAAGCUUUUAAAGCGAUUGCUCCAGCCCCCCCAGGUUCCAUUUUGAGGCCUCUUAACUAAGCGUGGGGGGAAGGGCAGCAGAGGCCUGUCUCUCGCACACACAAGCACAUGCUUGAGAAAGCAAAGUAAGGCCAGGAAAACAGACUGCACUGAGAAAGAAUCAAGCUUAAAUCAUAAACCUGAAUGAAAGGUACAUAAUCUGUUCUUUAAAUGGCCUCUGAGGACCUCUGCUUCAGUUACACAGUGCCGGGCUCGAACGAGAAGCACAGGAGGGCUCGUAACUGGACGGAUUCCGAGAUGAAAGCUCUUUUGUACAUUUGGGAAGAGUAUGUGACAGAGCUAAAGAAAGCUAAGCGCAAUGCUAAGAUCUACGAGACGAUGGCUAAGCAACUUUAUGAAUUAACUGGGGAACAGCGACACAGGGAAGAGAUUAAAAUGAAGAUUACCAACAUGACUUUCCAAUUCAGGAAGCUGAAGUACACAGCAAAUGGAAGCAAUGCUACACCUGAUUGGCCAUACUACAAAUCUAUUGAGAGGAUCUUGUCAAAGGUACCAGACCAUGCUCAUAUGAGCCCACCGAACCUCUCGACGUCUGGCCCCUCCACCUCUCAGCUGGAGACUUCUGUACCCCAAUCAGCUCCACCAAGUGGGUUUCUACCGGAGUACACGGGUUCGUCAGAGGAGAGAGAAAUUAACGAUGAGGAAGAAAGCCUAACAGAGAACUCUGAGAGUUCUUUUGAGACCAGGUCACAGCCACAUAAGAGGCGGAGGCUUUCACAUGUGUCACUGCGCCGAAAGAAGCUGCGUGUCCUGGAUGCGAUGCUGCAGGAGCAACGCAGGAUAAGCCAUGCCGUCGAGGAGGCCUGUCAUGAAGUUCGCCGCGUUAUGCAUCAGCAGAACUUCCUGCAGGUGCAGAGCCUCCAGCUUCAGGAACGAAUGAUGAAUCUCCUGGAGAAGAUGGUUCCUGCUUCAUCUGCACCUUGUUGGCCAAACCCACUGGCCUCAAAGGGUUUAGGAGCAUCUACAACUGAGUGACAGGACCUCAGAUACGGGAUAAGGACCUUUUUUGUCUUUGCUGAGGAAGUGUUGCUAUGAUAUCUGAGUAUAAAAGCUAUAACCAACUAGUUAGUGGUACAUUUUAGACCUGUUAAGCACUGUUAAGUCUUCUACAAUAAAUGUUAUUCAAAAAUGUUGACAGAUGUAACCUACAAAAGAAAUUUUGAAGAAAUCAAUAUUUAUGUGUUUAUGUUAUGUGUUUUGAAAUUGGAUUCAUUUGAUUUCUAAAUUGCUGUUAGCUAUUAAGAGACUUAGAUGGUUGACUGACAUCUAAAAGAUUUCAGAUUUCUCUUAUGGCAUUCUUUAAAAGGAUACAAUGUUCAAGAAAACUCCAGAAGGGCGGAAAUUCGGGUCAGACAGAUAACACUAAAUGGUUGGUGAUAAUGUAAACUGGAUUAGGCUGACAAAGAUUCAGAAUUGUAGAGGACAAUCUUAGUUUAGUUAGUACCAUUACAGUUCAAUGUUACACUGUUAUAGCAUACCACAAUUUAGCAAAAUGUAACAUGUUACAAAAUGAAAUUGUUUUGGUAGCAGUUUAUAUAUAUAUAGACGUGUGUGUGUACUGUUCACUAAAAAAUAAUAUAAAACACCCCUUUUUAAUUUCUGAAUUAAUAUUUUUGUCAGAUGUCAAGAAAAGAAAUACGAAAUGCAGUUCGUAAAGUGGUUAUAAAAUGUUUAAUUUUUUUUAUUUAAUAUUGUUUAUAUGAUAAAAUAUAAAAUUAUAUAUAAAAAAUAUUUGUAGAUAUUAUAAAUAAAUAUCACAUAUAACUUAUGAGUUUAGACCACUACAUGAAAUAAAAUUAAGAAACUGUUUGUUUAUAAUUGUUUAAAAUAAUUUAAU